AUGCAGCACGAGAUAGAUGGCGAUGUAGCCACAAUCGAAGACGCAGUGCUGCUAUUAGUCGUGCUGUUCGUGCUGGUAGUGGUGUCAUUCGUACUGGACCGAUACUCAUGUAAUAUGGUGUCACAGAGUGGCUUUGCACUCACGUUUGGGCUCGUGAUAGGACUUUUCUUGAUCAUGGGAGACAAACACGCAGCGCUCCAUACACAUUUGAACCUGAAUAGCAGUCUCUUUUUCAAUGUCUUGUUACCACCAAUUAUCUAUGAAGGAGGUUUUUCUAUUAAGCGACAGGCAUUCUUUCGCAAUUUCCCAGCUAUCAUGAGUACGGCUGUCAUUGGCACUGUGAUUGCUGCUACGAUCACGGGUGGUAUUCUAUACCUGGCUGGCACAUCGGAGAUCGUGACAAAACUUUCGUGGGUAGAAGCUCUACUGUUUGGAACGUUGAUCAAUGCGAUGGAUCCAGUUGCUACGUUAUCGUGCUUUAACAAGUUGCACGUCCCGCCACUGCUAUUCAACCUCGUUUUUGGAGAAAGCGUGAUUAACAAUGCAGUGGCGAUUGCAUUGUACCAGACGUUGCACAAAUGGGACGUGGACACUGAAUUGAGUUGGAAACAAUUGCUGCAAGUAGCUAUUAGCACGAGUGGGAUGUUUGUGGGGUCGCUAUUUGUAAGUGCAGCAAUCACACUUAGCGGUGCUUUCCUUCUAAAGCGUCAAGUCUUCUCUACCCUACACUUUUUCCCCAGCUACGAGAUCUCUCUGUGCGUCAUUUUCAGUCUGCUAACAUAUUAUGUGGCUAACAGUUUGAAAUUAAGUGGAAUUGUUGCGCUAUUCUUCUCGGGAACGAUGACAGCUCACUAUCAUUUCAACACGCUCUCACGUGAAGCUCGACAUGCAUUUAUUCAUUUACUGCACACAUUGUCCUUUGUGUGUGAAAAUGUCGUGUAUGUGUUUAUGGGCACGUCGGUGAUCACGAUUUUUUGGGGACACCCAAAGCGAAGUUCUGGCUCUGCUCAUAGCGCAAGCGAGAUUGACUGGUACUUCAUCGGUCUGACGCUUCUGGCGUGUAUUGUGGCGCGUUUUUUCAAUAUCUUUCCGCUCUUGAGACUUUCCAAUUGCUCACGAGAGUCCUCCAAUCAUAUUCCAGUUACAUACAUCAGUGUCGUGUGGUUUGUUGCCCUUCGUGGAUCCAUCGCUUUCGCGCUUGCUAAGAACUGGAGCUACAUUGGUCGUUACGGUUCUCACCGAUACCUCGUGGAAUCUACUACUUUAGUUGUUGUGCUCUUUACGACAAUUGUGAUUGGUAGCAUGACGGGUCCGAUCCUCUCUAAAUUGCAUCUCACUGACCAUCACAGUGCAUUGAGGCAAUUUGAUCCUGAGUCAAACACUGAACGUGACGUUAGCUCAAACGAAAAUCAUUCACGAGCGUUGCAACGCAGCACCCGCCACUUUAUGCUUCGUCGGAAUUCAAACCUCACAGAGAUCGAUGAGAAACAGACAGAGGGAACAACAGGAGAGGACACAGUGAUACGUAAAGCACCUAUAUUUACAUCACGACCACAGUUUCGUGACGAGGAUUACAGCGAGGAAGAGGAAAGAGAGUGCAAUGCAAGUUUACCUAUACAGCACGGUGAAACUUUGACUGGUGCAUUCAUCCGUAACUGGCAAGCUUUUGAUCAAGCGUACAUGCAGCCAAUAUUCGGUAACUUCCAGGCUCCUGUGACUUCAGUAAGAAUAGCUGAUGGAUGA